AUGGCUCAAGCAUUAGAAGCAAAAGAAAUUCAAGAAAAUAGAUUAGAUAAACAAAGUGAAGACGCUUCAUUUCCCCCACCGGAUCUCAAAAUUUUUCGUGAAAUAUUUUUCACUUUAUUCCACGAGGUUCAACACAAUGGUCUGCUUAUCUCCGGUUGCCUUAACGGUUUAGCUGAGGAUAUUAAAGUUGCUGAAGAUAUAAACGACUUUCGACACAAAUCAUCAGAAGCCUUUAUUAAUUUACAAUUUAAAAUGUCAUUAAUCUACGACGUAUUAGAUGCUGAAAACUCAUCGGAUGAAGGCGAGAACUUAUAUUUUUACGACACAUAUAUUCCCGACCUUCUCGUUGACCAAUUUUAUAAAAUGUUCACCAGUGAUGGGUGCGCAACUGUUGCAACAGUUGAGGAGAAAAAAUUCAUUAAGUCAUUAGUGGCAAAUUUGAAUGAGUUUGAUCACUACCUGAGAGAUUAUCAACGUAAGUUAUUCGAUAUAGAGACAAACGUCAAAACACAUCGAUUAUUUGAUACCGUCGAGAAGAAAAUAGGCGCUAGUCAGUUAACAUCAUUAAAAACUACAAUAGCUUUAGAAUACGAAGAAUUAUACGCAAGUUUAUCAUACAUACCUCCUUAUCCGGAUUUAAUUUAUUGA